UGCCUCGGUGCCGGGUCUGUCUCAGCUUCCCUCCUUUGUUGCCGGGAUAUCGCCGAGUCCGCUGGCUCUGUGGGAAGCCUGUGCGUGCACUAUGGGCAAAGCCAGGGGCAAGGCCCUGGGGAGUCGGGCCGGAGGCCGGAAGGCCAAGCCCCCCGCCAACCCCAACCCCUUCGAGGUCAAGAUCAACCGGCAGAAGUUCCAGAUCCUGGGAAGGAAAACGCGCCACGACGUGGGCCUGCCGGGGAUAUCCAGAGCCAAGGCCAUCAAGAAGCGUACACAAACCCUACUGAAAGAGUACAAAGAAAGGGACAAGUCAAAUGUAUUUACAGAUAAACGCUUUGGGGAAUACAAUACUAAAAUAAGUCCAGAGGAAAAGAUGAUGAAGAGGUUUGCUCUGGAACGACAGCGUAACAAUGAAAAGAAAAGCAUUUAUAAUCUCAAUGAAGAUGAAGAAUUAACUCAUUAUGGCCAAUCUUUGGCAGAUAUUGAAAAAUUUAAUGACAUUGUUGAUAGUGACAGUGAUACUGAAGAAAGAGGAAUGUUAUCUGCUGAGUUAACUGCUUCCCAUUUUGGAGGAGGUGGCGGUCUCCUUCGAAAGAAAGCCUCUGAACCGGGAGAGGAGGAAGAGAAACCAAAAUCACGCAAAGAACUUAUUGAAGAACUCAUUGCAAAAUCAAAACAAGAAAAGCGUGAGAGACAGACUCAACGAGAAAAUGCCCUUGAACUCACUGAGAAAUUGGACAGUGAUUGGAAGGAAAUCCAGUUUCUGCUAUCUCACAAAACCUCCAAAUUGGAAAAAAAGAAUAAAGAAGAGAAACCUAAGCCUGAUGCAUAUGACAUAAUGGUCCGGGAGCUGGGAUUUGAAAUGAAGGCGCAGCCCUCAGACAGGAUGAAAACUGAGGAGGAGCUGGCUGAAGAGGAGCAAGCACGACUCAAGAAGCUAGAGGCUGAUAGACUUCGCCGGAUGCUUGGAAAGGAAGAAGAUGAAAAUGUUAAGAAACCAAAGCACAUGUCAGCAGAUGAUUUAAAUGAUGGCUUUGUUCUAGAUAAAGAUGAUCGGCGUCUACUUUCUUACAAAGAUGGGAAGAUAAAUCAAGAAAUGGAUGACCCUAAUGAGGAGGAACAAGCCCAGGAAGGCAGUGAAGAAGACAGUGAAAGGGAGGGAGAUAAAGAGUCAGAUACUGGGGAUUCAGAAGAAAGUGAUGCCCCAGACAGUCACUCCGAUCUUGAAUCUGAUGUGGACAGUGAGGAAGAAGACAUUGUGCGUGAGAAUCAGAAGAAAAAGCAACUCCAGGCACCUGAAAAAAAACCAAGUGAUGCUAACCAAAAAGCAAGGAUGGAAGCUGCUAGAUCUGAACUCCCGUACACGUUUGCUGCUCCUGAUUCCUAUGAGGAGCUUAAGUCUUUACUCUCAGGAAAAACAACAGAACAGCAGCUUGUGGUGGUCGAGAGAAUUCAGAAAUGCAACCAUCCAAGUCUUGCUGUGGGAAACAAAGCAAAAUUAGAGAAAUUAUUUGGCUUCCUCUUGGAGUACAUUGGGGAUUUGGCCACUAAGGCUCCACCAGAUCUGAAAACUAUUGACAAGUUAGUUGUGCAGUUGUACAAUCUUUGCCAGAUGUUUCCUGAAUUUGCAAGCAGCUCUGUUAAAUUUGUCCUCAGAGAUGUUGUACAUGAGAUGGAAGAAAUGAUUGAAAUAAAAGGCCGUGCAGCAUUUCCGGGAUUGGACGUGCUCAUUUAUUUGAAAAUUACUGGAAUAUUAUUUCCAACUUCUGACUUCUGGCAUCCAGUAGUAACACCUGCACUGGUGUGUAUGAGUCAGAUCCUCACUAAGUGCCCUGUCACGUCGCUCCAGGAUGUUGUUAAAGGACUGUUUGUGUGCUGCUUAUUCCUGGAAUAUGUAUCUUUGUCCCAGAGGUUUGUACCUGAACUUAUUAACUUCCUUGCUGGGGUGCUUCACAUAGCAACUCCCAACAAAGGUACUCCAGGUUAUACCCUGGUGCAUCCUUUCAAACCUCUAGGAAGGAAUUCAGAAUUGCUCCUUGUUUCUGAUAAGGAAGAUAUGGACACUUGGCCCAAGAAAGGCCUCCCCCUGAGUAAAGUGAAUGGCCUAAAGGACUGCAGUGAAACAGAAACAAAUCACAUCAGAUUAUCAUGUGUAUCUGUAUGUUUAAAUCUCAUUAAACGGUGUUUAGCUAUGUAUGGCACACUACCAUCUCUUCCUGAAAUAAUGAAGCCUGUCAAAGUACUCCUUAAAGAGCACAUUCCAGAGUGUGGACAUCCCAGAGAGCUGCAAGAGCUGUGCCAAAGCAUAUUACAAGAAAUGGAAAACCAAGGCAAAAAUUAUCAGCCUUUAGUAUGUGAAAAGAGCAAGCCAGUGCCACUGAAGUUAUUCACACCCAAACUGGUGAAAGUCCUCGAGUUUGGAAGAAAACAAGGGAGCAGUAAAGAGGAGCAGGAAAGGAAAAGAUUAAUUCACAAGCAUAAACGUGAAUUUAAAGGAGCUGUCCGUGAAAUUCGCAAAGAUAAUCAGUUCCUGGCUAGGAUGCAGCUCACAGAAAUCAUGGAAAGGGAUUCUGAACGAAAACGAAAAGUAAAACAACUUUUCAGUAGCCUGGCUACCCAGGAAGGUGAAUGGAAAGCCCUGAAGAGGAAAAAGUUCAAAAAAUAAGUUGUUUGAGUAGAAAAUAAUUUAUUUUAUGUUUGUAUGUAAGCCAAGACUAUUUUGAAUUCACAGUGAAUUUUUUUAUCAAAGUUCCAUGGACAGAACUAUGCAUCUCCACCCAUUGUGCAAAUAUAAGCUCUAAUAUACACGCUGGGGCAUUGCUGUAGUCAAGUCAGCUCCUUAACUGUUAAAAUAUAAAUGAUUUUUGGUGUAUUUUUGUAGUUUAAUAAAACCUCUAAUUAGAAGGAAACAGGUUAAUUUCUAACUUUGAAUCAGUGGAGAGGCUCAGUGAAGGUUAACCAGCCGGCACAUUUCACUUCAGCCUCCGUCUCAAGUGCACUCAGACCCUUGAGUCCUUAGAAUGUCCAGAAUGAGGAGUGCAGACCUUCCUGACCCAUUCAUGACCUUGCAGGGCCUCCGAGUUAUAAUGUAAAACAGCAGUUCACAGCAUAGAGCACUUUCAGUUUGAAAGGCGUAGGAAUUUGGAUUGAGGUGGGCUGAACCUAGGACCACAUAAAAGUUGUUUUUGAAAGUAAACUGCUGAUAUUGGCCUUUUGUUGUUGUUAUUUGUUUCUUCCAUAUUGUAGUAGAAUAUUGAUUCAGUGAUUGUGGAUUGUUACUUGGAUUCUCUGUAUAUUACACAUAACUGUAGAAGAAAAGGACAAGAAUUCAGAGCUUACACUCAGGCUUCAAGUGUUUGGAUUUAAAGAACAGGCAAAACUUGCUUACAGAGAAUCAGCCUAGUUAUAAGCCAACAAGCAUGUAUUGAGGGCUUACUUACUAUGUGCCAGGCAGAAGGACAUGUGCCAGCCAUGACACAGCUACAUAGGUCCCCUGUGGCCUUAUUCACACAAUGUGCCAUCUCUUAUAAUUGUCAGCUUUUCUGGAACUGUAGGCUGGCCCAAGUAGACCUCAAACAUGGGGGUUUACAAAACUUUACAGCCCUUUACAAAUGCUUCUAAAUAAACCUAUUGAAUAUACAAAUCAAGAAUUAAGCCAGGUGAAGAUACACACACUUUGGUAGAUACAAUUCCUUUGAGGCAUAAGUGUUUCAUUUAUGGGUUCAUCAGCCAGUCUUCCUGUUUCUCUCUACAUUUACCCUUCUCUGUGGGAGAAAGGGCACAGUCUAACCAAGCUGCCUCAAAAAGAUCUCUUUGGGCUCUUCAGUGCUUAUAAAGAAGGAAUGGCUAAGCAGUUCUUGGUGUUGACACAGGUCCAGAGAAGUUACGCUUUUAAAAAAAUUGUUAUUAAAAUGUAAAUACAUAAUAAGAAAAAAAGAAACAUCAAAAACAUAUAUUAAAACUUAAAUAUAAAAUAGGAAAAGAAAAAAACAUGUCGUGUGUACAGCAGAACGUAAGAGGAUUCAAAGUAUUACAUAGCAAUAAAUUUCCAUUUCAAGAAA